AUGUUUUUGCUUUCUCGUACCAUUAAAAAUGCUUCAUUCAGUUUGCGUUAUAAGGCGACCCAGCUUUCUCAUAGUAUCUCAUCUGGACUACGACAUAGGUCGGAAUUAUAUAACAAGCAAAGGCUUGAGCAACUUGAAACAUUGCUUACGACACCACGUAAAGAAAAGAUGGUUAGGCAAUCCUUUAGACUUGAACAAGUUUUAAAAACUGCGCAAAAAUUAGCAUUAGCAGAAGAAAGAGAUGACAUUGUAACAGACUUACUUUCAGCGUUUUCAUCAGACGGAGUUGUUAAAUUUUUUUCAAGCAUUGAGAUCGAAGAAAUACCUCAGCUUGAAGUCAAAAUGGGUGGUUAUUUAAUUUUCAAGGAUGAAAUAGCAUUGAAACCUUCAAAGCUUUUUGAAGAUGUAAUGGAAAGGAUAUUUCGACGCUGGAACCUAAGUCUUGAAACUGCAAGAAGGACGAUAGUUGAUACAUACUUAUUGGAAGCGGUUGACCAUAAGUAUGAUCCAAAAACUUACGACACUAAAAAAGAUAAAUUAGCAAUAUAUCCAGAGUAUUAUGUCAGACCCCAAAAUUUUGAAAGAGAUUUGACUUUAAGGGGAUCAAUUGACUAUAUUUCUGCUGAAAGAGCAGAACCUAAUAAUCUGUCACUUCAAGCCGGGCAUAGUUUACCAAGCAAUUGUGUAUUCUGUGCUGUUGAAGCAAAGAAAGAUGAGUCAUUUGCUCAAGGUACAGGCGAACUUCUUGGACAAAUGAAGGCGCUACAUAAAAGAGAAAAGAAACCAAUUAACGGUGUGCUUACUGAUGGGUUGAGAUGGAUGUUCUACCAUUUCGAUGAUAACAUGUAUUAUGAAAGUGAAAUUAUGUAUUACAAAUUUCAUUCUAAUAUUAUAUUGGGUGCAUUACACUAUUGGGUCCGAGGCGAAAUUCCUGCAGAUAAUCUAUUUGAAAAAGUAAAUCAAAUCGACUAA